AUGGCGGAAUUAGAUAUUUUAUGGUGUGACUCAGACGAGGGCGAUCUCGGUGAAGAAGAGGAAGAAAAAUUUUCACAUAAUAAUGUUGAGGAGGAUAUGCAGGGGGACUUCGAUAACUCCAAUGAGGUUAUCCUACUGGCCAUGUUUGAUGAACAUGGACAGCAGUUGGAGUGUCCAAGUCUCCCUUUAGGACCCGCACCUUCCACUGAGCCAGCACAAGUAAUUCCGCCAUUACCAGUGUCACCAUCUUCUUCGCGAAAUGUUCGUCCAGAAGUGGUCGUUGUCGGGUUAGAUGAGGAGAACGGCAACGAGUACUUUUUGGCGGAGCAGCAUGAAGUAUGUCACGAGGAGGUGGUGGCGAGUUCGAGUGGUGGUGGUGUGCGAGGCGUGCGGCUCCCGGCGGCGGGCGGGCGCUGGGCACGAGGCGGCGGCGCCCACACCACCGCGGUUCAACAAUGUGUCACAGACGAUGAUGUGCCUGAGUAUUUGCGCAAUAGGAUUUUGAGAGUGGUGGCUGAUAGGGAAGCUCGAGAGCGGAGGGCCGAAAGGAGAAGGAUGGAAGUAGAUAAUGAUGAUGUGGCGGAUCACAUUGGACAUGCGGCCCUAUUCAAAGGAGAUGCGACUUCUCUUCACUUUGAUUGGCGCCCCAUGGACUCCUUUCAAGGUGAAAGAGAAACGUUUCUUCCGGAAGGAACAGGGCCAACCACGCCGUCCGGAAGUGCGUAUGAGGCAUUCCGCCAAUAUUGGGACGAGAGCAUCAUGUCUCAUAUAGCGACAGAAACAAACCGGUAUGCUGUAGAACUGGCUUGUAUCAAUGAUACUUUUGCACGAAAUUGGUACGAAACAAAUACACAUGGGUAA